GGUUAAGUCUUCAUCCUCGGUGUGCUUGAACGGAGCUCUUGUGCACAGUGCUGUUUUAGAGUGUGAUUUUGUGUGUGCGCGUGUGUGAGAGAGAGGAAGCGAUUAGGGUUUUGAGGGCGGGGUUCUGUUUUUCGGAGGCGCUUCCUCAUCUCCGACGACCUCGAGGUAACGCACAAGCACGAGACAACAGUUUUGAACUUAGGGGAACGAGGGAGAUGGCGCGUUACGACAGAGCGAUCACUGUCUUCUCACCUGAUGGACAUCUAUUCCAAGUUGAAUAUGCACUAGAGGCUGUCAGAAAGGGGAACGCAGCAGUCGGAGUGCGUGGUACCGACACGAUUGUCUUGGGCGUGGAGAAGAAGUCCACAGCCAAGUUACAAGAUGCUCGUACCGUCCGGAAGAUUCUGAAGCUAGACGAGCAUGUAUCCCUUGCCUUCGCUGGCUUGACUGCUGACGCACGCGUGCUCGUCAAUCGUGCUCGAAUUGAAUGCCAAAGUCAUCGUCUUACAGUAGAAGAUCCUGUGACGGUGGAAUACAUCACUCGCUUUAUUGCUGGCUUGCAGCAGAAGUACACUCAGAGUGGUGGAGUGCGUCCUUUCGGUAUCUCUACAUUGAUUGUAGGAUUCGACCCUUACACAGGGGUACCUUCCCUUUACCAGACCGAUCCCUCUGGAACCUUCUCAGCUUGGAAAGCCAAUGCUACAGGUCGUAACUCAAAUUCAGUGCGUGAGUUUCUGGAGAAGAAUUAUACUGAGACCUCAGGUGCCGAGACAGUCAAGCUGGCUGUGCGAGCGCUUCUAGAGGUGGUAGAGAGCGGUGGGAAAAACAUUGAAAUUGCAGUAAUGACCAAGAAUGAAGGUUUAAGGUUGCUAGAUGAGGCAGAAGUUGAGGGGAUUGUUGCUGCGAUUGAAGCUGAGAAGGCUGCUGCCGAAGCAGCGAAAAAGGGUCCUCCUCGUGAUCAGUAGGCAUUGAUAUUAGUUCAUUGGCCAUGGCGACAGGGUUAUACCUCAAGGUGACAACAGGUGACAGUGGUCAGUUUUCAAGCACCAUUGUCGCUUUAUGUAAACUUGUAAAGCAUGCUACCAUUACCAAUUCAGCGUUAUCUUUAGAUUGGUUUUUGAAUUUUGCAAAAUUCUACUUGUUGUUUAAUGGGUGUGAUGUGCUCUGUACAUCAUAGGACGGUCAGAUUAUGAAGAUCUCAUUUAUGAUGAAUUGAAUUUGCUAAAAUCCAUAUAACUAGCUAUAUAAAAAUAGGAUCCGCUUGACUUGAAUCCAGUGGGUGAAAAAUAGUCUUGAACUGGCUGGAUAUUCACGGGCCCUUAGCCUUGAAUGUACUCGCUCCUAGAGUGAUUGGAGUGAGACGCACAUGUUAGUUCUUUUCCUGAGUCAAAUUGAACUAUCACUUUGGUAUUUAUUAAGUAUAGACCGAAUUUCCUGGUCUUCUGUGGAUAAUGAAAUUUGAAACUUAAGGUUCC